CUAUAAGGUACCUCUUAUCAAUUACAGAAGUAACAGAAAUGGCAAGUUUGGAGAACGACAUGGGUCUCACUGCCUAUGAAAUCCUUAAACGCAGCCCGAAAGAUUUCAAAACCCUCGAAAUUCAAGUCAUGCUGAUGGAAUAUUCUGGAACCAGAGAUGAUGAAAAGAACGGAAUCCACACUCCUUCUCACACGUCACCGCCAGUUGCAAGACCUCGAAUUCGAAGAAAGAAGAAGAAGAAGAGAAACUGUUUGAUAAGGCUUUUGAAAUGGAUUGGAGGUUGGUUCAAACACAAGGGUGACUGGGUAGAAGAAAUGAGGGGAAAUCUGAGUUUAGUGUCUACCGUUAUAGCCACCAUAACAUUUCAAUCAUUAGUUAACCCACCUGGUGGCUUCAUCCAACAAGGUUUAUCUCAAGGUCCAUCCAAUAUUGAAGCCCUAAACUGCACUGUCCUUUCUAACAACAAGUCCUAUUGCCCUGGGGAAGCUGUCUCAUCUUUUCAUUCCCAAAGUUUGUUUCUGGAGUACGUAAUUUACAAUACCAUCUCCUUCAUUUCAUCACUUAGCGUCACCCUCUUGCUUAUAAGUGGAGUUCCUAUGAAGAACAAAGCUUUGAUAUGGCUUCUAUCCAUAGGCAUGUGUAUCACUCUCACAACCCUAGCCCUUGCCUACUUAGUUGCCCUCCUAAUGGUCAUGCCAGAUCAUCUUCGGAAUAAUAAAGCAGCUUUGAUCACCAUUUUAGCUUCAAUAUUGUCCUGGGCUGGAUUGCUUGUGCUCGUUCUGGUGUUAAUCACACUGCGCUUUAUAAUUUGGAUUGUGAAGAAAUUUGUCAGAGCAAUCAAAAAACUGUUUACUUGUGGAAUUAGGGAAAGUUGA